UUAGCUUGGAGCGUGAAACCGCGUGAGAAAGUUGCCAUUGAAGGGGGAACUAUAACCGGACGACGGACUACUGCUCCAGCCGCUGCAACCACGAUCGCCUCUUUGGAAGUAGUUGUUAUCCAGACUAGCAUAAUAUUUCCUUUUAUUUUUUUUUUCUUUUGCCUUCACUCGACUGAAAUGUGUCCACCAUAAGUCAGCGGGGAGGUAAAUAUUUCAAAAUUAUCCAUUUUCCGGAUGGCUCGAGUGAAGCAAGUAGGGGCUUUUCAGUGCAAUUAACUCGGCGAGGAAUUUGUUACUUACGGAGAACCCCCCCACACCCCUUUGACUUGGAAUAUGCCGGAGCAAACCUGACAAAAACAACAACAAAAAAGCUCGUUGCCUACCCAGGCCUUUUCAUCGCUCACCUGCUUCUUUUACGCCUCAAGCUUAAUGAGCCGCUCCCCCGCGUGCUUUUCUGCCUGAUUUACGCCCCCCCCCCCCUAUCCCCCCUGCCCGCGGGAGUGUAGGGGGCUAGAAACACCCGCAAGAGGAGCUCGUUAAACGCCUUGCUUGGCUCCCAAGUGUCGCUCGUCGUGUGCAAACGACGACGGAUGGCUUGGUGAACCGGAGCAGCACAUCGGCAGCACCAACCUCAUCACCGACCCCCUCCGAGUUUGGUGCCACUCAAGGGGAGCAUCGUGACGGAAGCGAGAGGAGCGCCCCCCUCUCCCCUCGUCCGGAGAUAACAAUGUUCCCCCAGGGGCGACACCCGACGCCCCACCAGGCUCCGGGUCAACCCUUUAAGUUCACCAUCCCAGAAUCCCUGGACCGCAUCAAGGAGGAAUUCCAAUUCCUGCAGGCUCAGUACCACAGUCUCAAGUUGGAGUGUGAGAAGCUGGCUGGUGAAAAAACCGAAAUGCAAAGACACUAUGUCAUGUACUACGAGAUGUCCUACGGCCUCAACAUCGAAAUGCACAAACAGACGGAGAUUGCCAAGAGACUCAACACAAUCUGCGCACAAGUCAUCCCCUUCCUCUCGCAGGAGCAUCAGCAGCAGGUGGUCCAAGCGGUGGAGCGGGCCAAGCAGGUGACCAUGGCCGAGCUCAAUGCUGUCAUCGGGGUGCGGGGACUGCCCGGCCUUCCACCUACGCAGCAUAUAGCACACAAUCACGGCGGCGCCCCUGUGCCCCUUACGCCCCACCCGGGUGGCCUGCACCCCUCUCAGCUGGGCGGUUCGGCCAGCCUGCUAGCGCUGUCGGGAGCACUUGGCGCCAUGCCGCCGCAUCUUGCCGGGAAAGACGCUUCUGACAAAAAGCCACACCUUUCCGGGCCUGACUCGCACCCUGGAGGAGCAGAGCACUUGAGAGAUAGGGAACCUGGCACAAGUAACUCGCUACUGCCCGAAAGUCUCCGCAACUCAGACAAGCGACGGAACGGACCCGACUUUUCAAACGACAACAAGAAGCGCAAAGUGGAGGACAAGGACUCAAGCCACUACGACAGCGACGGGGAGAAAAGCGAUGACAAUCUAGUGGUGGAUGUCUCAAAUGAGGAGCAGCCCUCGCCUCGCGGCACGCCCCUCCCCUCCCCAAGAGAGAACGGCUUGGAUAAAGCACGCCUCCUCAAGAAGGACCCCUGCAGUCCCGCUUCGACCGCAUCGUCGGCUAGCUCCUCCUCCCUCAAAUCCAAAGAGAUGGCAAUGCGAGACAAAGCAGGCACACCCGGGCUCAAGUCAAGCACACCCACACCAAGAGGGGAUUCCACUCCAGGGCCGAGCGCCACACCUGGUGUCAGGCCCAGCCUGUCAAAACCCCCCUCCAUGGAGAUCCCCCAUCCACCUACUGCAGGUCUUAGGACACCUCUGACGGUGCCCGGCCCGUACCCAGGAGCGUUCAGCAUGUUGCCUCACGCGGCCGGGAUGAACGGCGAGCUAGCCGGAGCAGCCAGCGCCGCUGCCUACGCUGCCGGACUCCACAACAUUUCGCCUCAGAUGAGUGCUGCUGCCGCCGCCGCUGCAGUGGCGGCAUAUGGCCGCUCCCCUAUGGUCGGCUUUGAUCCGCACCCUCACAUGCGGGUUCCAGGAAUGCCUCCCAGCCUGACGGGAAUCCCUGGUGGCAAGCCUGCCUACUCCUUCCAUGUUGCGGCCGAUGGUCAGAUGCAGCCGGUGCCGUUUCCCCCCGAUGCCCUGGUGGGCCCAGGUAUCCCUCGCCACGCCCGCCAGAUCAACACGCUCAACCAUGGCGAGGUGGUCUGCGCCGUCACAAUCAGUAACCCCACGCGGCACGUCUACACGGGCGGGAAGGGCUGCGUCAAAGUGUGGGACAUCAGUCACCCUGGCAACAAGAGUCCGGUGUCGCAGCUUGACUGUUUGAACCGGGACAACUACAUCCGCUCGUGCCGCCUCCUCCCCGACGGCCGCACUCUGAUUGUGGGCGGCGAGGCCAGCACGUUGUCCAUCUGGGACCUGGCCACGCCCACCCCGAGGAUCAAGGCCGAGUUAACGUCGUCGGCACCGGCGUGCUACGCUCUGGCCAUCAGCCCGGACUCCAAAGUGUGCUUCUCGUGCUGCAGCGACGGAAAUAUCGCCGUGUGGGACUUGCACAAUCAGACGCUGGUUCGGCAGUUCCAGGGCCACACAGACGGAGCCAGCUGUAUUGACAUUUCCAACGAUGGCACCAAGCUGUGGACCGGAGGCCUGGAUAACACCGUCCGGUCAUGGGAUCUGCGAGAGGGACGUCAACUGCAGCAGCACGACUUCACGUCGCAGAUCUUCUCUCUUGGCUACUGUCCGACCGGAGAGUGGCUGGCCGUGGGCAUGGAGAGCAGCAAUGUGGAGGUCCUCCACGUGACCAAGCCGGACAAAUAUCAGCUGCAUCUCCAUGAGAGCUGCGUGCUCUCCCUGCAGUUUGCCUAUUGCGGUAAAUGGUUCGUGAGCACCGGGAAGGACAACUUGCUUAACGCGUGGAGAACUCCUUACGGUGCCAGCAUAUUCCAGUCUAAAGAAUCCUCCUCAGUGCUCAGCUGCGACAUAUCUGUGGACGACAAGUACAUUGUCACCGGAUCCGGGGACAAGAAGGCCACUGUCUAUGAGGUCAUCUACUAAUACGGCAAUGAAAGGCUGAUCUCAACUCGGAAAGAGAGAACAAGACAAACAAAAGCGUUUUGCAAAAAAAAGCCGGACCAAGGCAGAUGUUACUGGAAGCUUGGAAGGCGGCCUGCCCUCUUUUCUCUGGAUGACUUAACGGGCGACGGGACCAUACAUUUUUAUUCAAGCGGAGUAAACACUGAAGCCAACAAGCAUCGCUGGAAAACGCCGACCCAUGGCAAAGCAGACAAAAAAGGUGGACAUGAGCCAAGAAGAAUCUCGGAGGCGGAGAGCGUUGUGCCUCUUUGCCCUCUGAACCGCAGACACACAACACCACCGCUCGGAGACGCCCACGCCAUCUCCGCGUGGCCUCUGCCGUCCUUACAGCCAGUCCACCUACACACACUAGAUUCACACAAGCGGAUCCAUUUCUACCGUCUAUUGUCCUGAGGCGCGCACAGCAUUUUACCAUCUAAUAGCAAGGCAAUGGACCUUAUUCAACUUUCUGUAAAGUCCUCCAAGGGCUACGCUAAAUUCAUGACAAACUAUACUACAACAAAUCCAUAUGAUGGGCAUUUGUGAGGGAAUAUAUAGAAGUUAGGCAACACGAUGGAUUUGUGGUUAGUAACUCCAAGCAUGGAUGCAUGGUUUGGGGGAUUUCUCAAAAGUUUUCCCACUUCUGAUGAUCUCAUACUACAUUCAAGAAUUAAAACACAGUAAACCAAAUAAGACUUUGUAACAGACACUUUAUUUAUACAGGGCCUUAACUAAAUCCUUAUUUUAAUUUGGUUUGUUCAAUUAGGGAUAGGCAUCUAAAUUCAAUGAUUUCAUAGAAUAUUCACAAAAAAAAGAAAGAGUUUGAUUGUGCUGAACUUCUGUUUCCAAGCUGCCUGCCAUUGUGACAUUCCACUCGCUUCAAGAUGCCAGUAAUCAAAUAAGUCUUGACGAUCAAUCGACGAUCGAUUAUUAUGCUCAUCCCGAGUCGGGAUGAACAAGGAUCAAACUGCACCCCCAUGGAAACAACGACGAGCAUCAGUGUUGAUUAUGUUUUUGCGCCAUUUAAAAUCGCAAGAUUUCAUAACUGUGCUUAUGUUGGUGUUCUUUUUUUUAAAUCUAUUUGUGUCCGUUGAAUGUUUGUAAAAAUGUAUAUAUAUUUCUUUUUUUUGUUGGUUUCUUAUGGGAUGUUGUUUAGCAAUAAAGUGUUUUUUGUACAUCUUUUACAUGGAAAGAAAAUGUUGAAGAAAAACUAAAUGGUCUUAACAGCUCAUCUGAAAAGUUUAGAUAAUAAAUGGUGUUGUUUUGGUAA